GUUUUGCUCGAUGAACUUUGAUACUCGAUGCGGAACACUGGAAUUUCGUUGCAACGGGAACGGAGCUUCUUUCUCCAUACUUUUCCACGCUAUCAAUUCCUACUAUUUUAUUCAUCGUAUCGCACAAAAGUGUCCUCGCGUCUGUUAUCUCGUUCGCCGCGACGUUAAAUAAUCGAUGGCCAGGUGAAGUUUUUCGAAAACGCGAUUUCCGCCGCUAGCAACUUUAUAUAUUUAUUUUCAAUGAAAAUACUAGUCACAAGGAGAACGUCGCGUGAAUAAAAGAUCAAAAGACACGCGAGCCAAACCCCUGCGCGUGUAAGUGGGCGUCGUCGUCUCGGAAGAACGAGUUCUUCGCGUAUAUACGAUACGAUAAAUCGUGGCUAUAUACAUACCGCGUCGAAUCGACUCGGAAGAAAGUAAAAGAGUGUCCUUCUCCCGUUGGCCAAUCUCGCUGGAAAUGGGCAGGAAGCUUUUCACCGCGAAACUCGAUCGCGGCUUCAUGGUUCAAGAGACGGUAUUACGAAUAAUCGGUAUUUGGCCCAUAAACGCCGACAAUUUCGCGUCCGUCGGUCGAUGGAUUAUUGCCAUGAUGACGCAAAUCAGUACUAUCUGCACUCUGUCUCUGGAAACUUACCGGCACUGCCUCGACAUCGACGACACGAUGGACGCGUUCGUCAUGGAUCUAUCCUCCAUCGUCAGCCUCUCGAAAUUGUUCAUCUUGCGCUUAAACGCGAAGCACACACACGCCCUGAUAAGCUCGGUGAUCGAAGACUGGUCGACUGUCAGCGACUCUCGUGAAGAAAUCAUCAUGACGAAAUACUUCAGAAGAGGGCAAAUCGUUUCCCUGAUGAUUCUAUAUUUGGGCUACGCCUCCGGCCUGUCUUUCAUCGUCAAAGCAUUACCGUUCGGCGUUCUACUGCCUUUUCAGACGUUGAAAAGUUCCGUGAACGUGACGAUGAACCACCCGCUGCGGUUGAACUACUUCCUGGCUACGUAUUGCGUUUUCGGUUCGCUACCCCUGUUCCAUCACGUCUGCGUGCUGGUUUUACAGGGUAUGCACAUUUUCGUGAACGCGGUCAGUCACUGCGCCAACGACGGCCUGUUCUUCAGCUUGACCAUGCACCUCUGCGGUCAGUUCGAAGUUCUCAGGGCGAACCUCGCCGAGGUCGAGCUCGAGGGAUUCGCAGGUCAGAAGAAAAUCAACUUGCUUGUCGAACGACACUGUCGCCUCGCGGUGCUCGUCGACGACCUGGAGAAAAGUUUCAACAUGAUCAUCCUCGUUCAGCUGCUGAUGAGCGCUCUGCUAAUUUGCGUCGAUGGUUUCCUAUUUCUGGUCUGCCUAAAUACGAGGGACAAAGUCGGCGCGUUGAAGAGCGUGGUGCUGAUGGUGACGUUGCUCAUACAACUGUUCCUGUACGCCUACGCAGGCGACACCCUCGAAUCGCGGACAGAGGAGAUCGCGCGAGCCGCCUACGACUCGAAGUGGUAUCACUCCCGGGGUCGCGAAGCGAGAGACCUGGUGCUGAUAAUCAACCGCGGUAACAUGCCGUACCAAGUAACCGCUGGCAAAUUCUUCUCGAUGAACUUACUGACGUUCAAAGAGAUACUGAAGUCGUCGGCCUCCUACUUGUCCGUCCUCAGAGUGAUGAUGGAAGCAAUGAUUUGCGGAAACAUCCAUGCAGGGAUGGACGCAACGUCAAAGAAAGACUUCGCUUACGCGAUGACGCCGUUAAAAGUUCUGUCGUGGCCCGUUGGUACCUGGCCCCUUCAAAAGUACAACGUCUUCGCGAAGAUACGAGCCUAUUUCGCGAUUAUAUUUCUGACUCUAAUGCUAAUGAUCAUAUAUGCGGAACUGUCUCUCGACUACAGAGACGCCGAGAAGAAUCUGGACGCUAUGGUCAUAGUUACCUGCGGAAUUCUCGCGAUCGCUAAAGUCUAUCAUUUUCACGUGUGGCCGGAGAAUCUCAUCAAAAAUUUUGUAUCCGCUUCGAAGGAUUACAGCGAAUUGUACAGCAAGGAGAAACGAGCUAUUCUACGAAGGCACGCUUACAUGGGCAGAAUGGCGUGCGCCAGUCUGAUCGGUUUCGCUUAUUUCAGCGCGACGCUCUUCUCGGCCGUGGCUAUGCUAGUCGGGAAAGAGGAAGAGAUAGUUGUUAACGCAACCGAGGCACCGGACUAUCCCAUUCCUUCCGAACUGGUGUUGGAACUUGUACAGAUUCCGAAAUAUUUGUACUUCAUCGUCUUCGUCAUGGAGUAUCUGAUGCUGAUAUAUACGAGCAAUGGGAAUCUGGGCAGCGACACGUUAUUUCUUGGUAUCACGUUUCAUUUAUGCGGUCAAGUGGAAGUUUUGAAAAUGGAGAUCAUUGGACUGACGAACGAGAACGGGAAGACGUUGAAGAAGUUUAAAGUGCUGGUCGAGAGGCACAUUUAUUUAAUGCAGUUAGCGAAGAUGUUGAUCGAGACGAUCAGCUGGCUUUUGGUCUUGCAAUUGUUUUCGAGCUGCGUGCUUAUUUGCACGAGCGGAUUUCAAUUCAUUCUUGCGCUGAGCGCUGGGAACGUUAUCUUGACUUUAAAAACGUUUAUGGUCAUGUCAGCGUGUUUGGUGCAAUUGUUUGGAUAUAGUUAUACGGGUCAUUAUUUGAAAAACCAAAUGGAGAGUGUCGGUCACUCGACGUACUUCUCUGCCUGGUACGAUUUACCUCGAGAAGUGGCCAAGAGCAUGAUUUAUGUAAUUAUGAGGGCUCAAGACCCGGUAGAACUAAAAGCGGGAAGUUUCUUUGUCGUCAACAUGGAAACUUACAUGAGUAUUAUAAAAACGUCUAUGUCGUAUCUCUCUGUCCUUCGAGUAAUGGUAAACUCUUAA